ACGGACAUACGGAAGCGUUGCGUCGCGUCGCGUCGAAAUUUUGUUUGGUGAGGACUGCGCCGGGCCGUUCCCCGACUUGUAUGAGACUCCUUUGUAGUGGCACCAGCAAGGAUCCCUCCGGUGCGUACUGGUAAUGAACGUAGGGCAGGGACGCGUAGCUUCAGGAGGGUGGAUGGCACUGGGGCAUGCGUUUUGAGAAUCCUUUUCGACGUGCGGAGAAAUAGGGUUGCCAGCCGGUCUGGUGUAGUUCCUAAGGUUGUUCAAAAAUAGAACUUGGAGGACGUCGCGCGUUCCCUUUGCGGUCUACGUUGAUUCAAAGUGCAUCGCGUUUCGACGAUAUUAAUAGCGCACGCUGCUCUUGUAUCGUUCGCCGGUCUGUGCAGUGCGCUAAUGAUUUAAUUACGGGAAGAGAUUAGUGCAAUGUGCGCCCGUUAAAGGCUGAGGAUUUCUUGGCGAACGGAAGCCGUAGGAAGGAAAAGAGGGCCGUGUCGGUUCCAAGAACGACAACAACUUCGACGUCGUCGGGCCCGGAAAGUGAGAUUCAAGCAUAAAUUUAUGCCGUCUUGACAUGCAAGCUAGAAGCGAAGAAACCCAAAGAAAGAAGGAGCAAAAGGCAUCAUCGGCGGCAGCAUCUUCCGUGGUACAGGUCUACGACGACGACGAGUGUUUAUAGUGGUUCGAUUCCUGGGAAGAGAUCUCCUCAGUGCAAAGAAGCGACGUGGAAGAAGUUGCGUUGAAAGUGAAUCUCCCGGAUCGAAUGGUGUUCAAACAAACCACGCCCGGUUGUCCGUUUGUUUCGGGGUCUGAAAUGUGUGUGUUUUAUCGCAGGAAGGAUGAGGUGUAAUCUCGGGUUCAGGAUCCCAAAACCAUUAUUGGGAAGCUACGAAGGAAGCGCCACGCUAUAGUGCCUCGUAAAUCAAGCCAGUUUUCGACGAUAACCUCGGCACAGUGUUUUAGCGGCGAUUUACGAGCUUCUAUCGACACAAUGUGAAUCGAUGUUUUGCUUUGGUUCGAUGCCAUUAUAUCGUUCGAAUUUGUUUCCAUGGUUCGCCAGUUAAGAAGGAGAAGAAAUUGAAUAACACCUUUGGAGAAGAGGUCAAUACAAGUGCAGAAAGAAUCUACGGAAAAUCGCAAAUGAUCGUCACCUUUCUGCGAAACGAAGAGGUGUUAAUGAAGAAAUUAUUCGCUCUGUAGAGCCGUCUGCGGCGUUGACACGCUGGGAUCUGGGUCAAAUUUAAGGAGCAGCAAUGUUCGAUGGUGUGUCGAGUCGUCGAUGAAGGUAUUAACAACUUCAAGCUCGAAGUGCUAUUCGCAAAACGUUCGUCGCAGCCACUGGUAAUGGUGCUUAGCAUUUCUGAGAGUGCUUUAGUAAAUUUAUUCUACCCCGGAGCAAUAACCACUGCCAAAAGCGAUACCCAACCACUUGCAACCCCGACGGCGGCGAUGACGCGAACCAGUUGAAACCCUGGCGUUGCCUGAAGAGUGCUCUUCAAACAUCAAAAAUAACAAGCAAACGAUAAAAGUGAAAAUCCACUGGGAACGGAACGGACGGUCGAUUGCUGCAGCGCAAGACCCCGCAAGAAGUAAACAAAUUUAUUCCGAUUCAAAACGAUACACACCGACAAUAGGCACCGACAAUUAAAUAACACUCGCUUGAAUUCCUCUUUUUUUCGGGUAUCCAUAAGCCGAAACAUGUGUAGUGAAGAGCGGAAAUCGUGUUGGUAAUUCACGAUUUUUGACGCAGAAAGUGGAAUACAAAGUGAAUCGAAAGUAAGUGUAUCAGAACGAAGACGGUGGGAAGGAGAGAGAAAAACGGGGAGAAUUGAUCGAGUGCCCAACGCAACGGAGUUCGCCUGACACACAUGGUGCGAUGGUGGAGCGUGGUCUUUAUUUAUUCUGGACGGCUGCCAACAUAAUGGUGAUAAUUAUUAGGUGAAUCAAGCGUGGUCCGUGAUCAGCCAGGCGGCAACGUGAGAAGUGAGGAGAAUUAAACUCGAUAUAGAAUCAAGUGCGAGAGAGGUGAAUUACAAAAGGAAGAAUGAAGCGAUAGUGGGAGAAGAAUCCAAAGAAAAAAGAAGGUGCGAAAUUGGGGAGUGAUCUUUGAAUUUCCGAACGUGUCUGGUAAAUGGUGCGGUUUGGUACGCUGCUGCCGCCGCCACCUGUCCGAAACAGAUAAGCAGACUUUUUACUCAGGACGAUUGAACACGAUGGAAAUCUGGUGGAGAACGGUGCUCAUCAUUGGAUUGGGGCUUUGUCAUGUUUCAAAAGCCCAACUCCGGACGCCCCGGAUAACGGAACAUCCCAGCGAUGCGUUGGUACCGAAAAACGAUCCGGUCACACUGAACUGCAAGGCGGAGGGCAAACCGGAACCGGAAAUCCGGUGGUUCAAGGAUGGCGAACCGGUCAAAUUCACCCCGAAUCAUGUGUUGCUUCCGUCCGGGUCUUUGUUCUUCCUGAGGACGGUGCACAGCAAGAAGGAGCAGGACGGCGGAGUGUACUGGUGUGUGGCGAGCAACGCAGCGGGAAAGGUGCAGAGUCGAAACGCGACGCUUCAGAUUGCAGUGCUUCGCGACGAGUUCCGGGUGGAACCGAAAGACACCCGGGUGGCCGCCGGCGAAACGGCCCUGCUGGAAUGUGGUGCCCCCAAGGGCAACCCCGAGCCCACCAUCGGCUGGCGGAAGGACGAAAUCAUGCUGGAGCUGGACGACUUUCGGCCGGCUUCGGCCUCGGGCAAGGAACCGGCCCGGGUGCGCAUCGUGGACGGUGGCAAUCUGCUGAUCAGUGACGUACGGCCGACCGACGAGGGCCGGUACCAGUGCAUCGCGCAGAACAUGGUGGGCUCCCGGGAAAGUAGCUCCGGCAAGCUGACCGUGCAAGUGAAACCGUACUUCAUCAACGAGCCAACGGACAUUACCGUCCUGGUGGGACAGCGGGUCCAGUUCCAGUGCACCGUCGGGGGUGACCCCCACCCGCAGAUCCUGUGGAAGAAAGAAAACGGACAUAUCCCGGUUGGGCGGGCGGAGAUUUUGGAAGAAGACCGAAGUCUGGUCAUCAAAAACGUGGCCCAGGACGAUCAGGGCAUCUACAUAUGCGAGGCGCAUAAUUCGGUGGGGCAGAUCAACGCCAAAGCUCAGCUCGUUGUCAACUCUUCGCCGACCUUCAUAAUCAAACCUCAGGAUCAACGAACGAACCUGAACGGAGUGGCCACUUUUAAAUGCACGGCCUCCGGAAAUCCACCACCAUCCGUAUUUUGGACCAAGGAAGGUUCUCAAACUCUGAUGUUUCCGAAUAACACCUAUGGGAACAUUCACAUCUCCAGCCAGGGGUCGCUUCAGGUGCGGGGAGCCCAGAAGGAAGACGACGGGUAUUUUGUUUGUUCGGCCUUGAGUGUAGCCGGAUCAACUACCAGUCGGGCCUAUCUACAGGUCACCAGUCCAUUCGAUAGCAGCCCCCCUCCGGUACUGCAGGAGGUUCCAUCGAAUCAGACCCUGCCGCGGGGCAGUGUCGCCAUGCUUCCCUGUCGCGGUUCCGGGCCCACUAGUCCGAAAAUCUACUGGAAGAAGAAUGCAACCGAUAUCACCGCCCUUGGGUCGCGCUUUUCCAUCAUCCAAGGCGGGACGCUCAAAAUUGACGAUCUGCAACCCGAAGACUCUGAUUGGUACUCAUGUGUGGCCUAUUCCGAGAAAGGGGAAACAUCAUGGAGUGCUUUUUUGCUGGUCGAGAAGAACUUGUCCACCAUGCCGCAUCGUUCCAUCAGUCCCGAUUUACUCCCGGUGGCGCCAUCGAUUCCCAAAGCCGUCAACAUCACCAACAGCAAUGUCACGCUGAUAUGGACCAAAAUUGGUGGCGGUGCAGAGGAAUCCUUCCAGGAAAAACUCUGGAACAAUCCGGUCAAUGGCUACAUGGUGGAGUACUACAGCCCAGACGAGAAGAAAGGCUGGAUCCGAGCGCUCCGUGUUCCCGGAAACACCGCCACGAUCACAAAUCUCUCGCCGUCGACGUCGUAUAUCUUUGUGGUGCGGGCGGAAAACGCUCACGGUUACUCGGCACCGUCCCCGCUGUCCAACGUGAUACGGACGCUCUCCGCCGACGAUGGCGUCACCAUGCCGGAAGAGCUGGAAGCCGCCCGGAUGGUGCUGAAUGGCAAGAUCCUUGAGCUCGUUGACGCCGUUGCGAUAAGCUCCACAUCCGUUCGGCUGGAGUGGCAACUGCACAUCUCCAGCACCGAGGAAUACAUCGAGGGGCUGUACGUGCGCUAUCGGGACCUCGGAGCAAACUCGCAAAAGUACAGCAUGCUAACCAUCCCGAACAAUGCCGCCGAGACGCACGUCAUCACCAAUCUGAACAAGUUCACUCGGUACGAGUUCUUCCUGACGCCGUUCUUCAAGAACGUCGAAGGACAACCGAGCAAUUCCAAGGUGGCUCAAACGGCUGAGGAUGCGCCGACUGCGGCGCCGGUUAACAUACAAACGGGCAUGCUGAAUUUGACGGCCGGGUGGGUCAAGUGGUCUCCCCCGCCAGCGGAACAGCAGAAUGGAUUGCUGUUGGGGUAUAAAAUUCAGGUAAAAUCGGGAAACUCAUCUAAGACCCUCGCUUCGAUGACACUGAAUUCUACGACUACCUCAGUUAUGCUCAACAAUUUAACGACCGGUGCGACCUAUCGAGCACAGAUCGUUGCAUUCAACCGGGUUGGAGCUGGACCAUACUCUAAGCCCGCUUACUUAAUUAUGGAUCCAGCGCACGUGAUAGCUCCUCCGAGAGCCCACAACUCUCUCAGCGACAUUGGAGGCUACCGACAGCACAACUUCAUGCAUGAAACGUGGUUCAUGGUGUUUGUGGUGUUAGCCUUAUUGAUCAUCCUAACCUUCACGGUUGUUGGUGUAAUCGUUUUCGUCAAAAAGCGUCAAAAUAUGAGCAAGGCAAUGGUCACUGUACCGGUUAUAACUAGCGGAGAUUUGGCCAAUAUGAAUCUUACGCGGAAGGACUGCCUUUGGAUCGAUCGAGGAUGGCGAUCUACCGAUACCGAUAAAGACUCCGGGUUGAGUGAAAUGAAGCUGUUGGAGGGAUCGCAAAAUCCUUCCAACUACACGGACGUUAGCACGGAUUACGCCGAAGUUGAUCCGAGAAAUAUUGUUUCGUUUUACAACUGUAGAAAGUCACCGGACAACCCCUCUCCGUACGCAACCACGAUGAUUAUGAACGGCCAUCCUAAUGAAAACGGGAAGAUGCCGUAUCCAAAUCACGAAGCCUAUUCAUCUGCGACGUCCAGCGUGAGAUCGGAUAUUCCUUAUGGACCAGGCCAUCCAAAGCCUUUCGCAAUGCCCUACAGUACAGCCCCCUCUAACUGGAUCGACUUCCUACCCCCUCCACCGGAGCAUCCGCCACCUAUUCCGCAAGCUCUUGACCACCACCUUCAUUUGAACCACGUGUACCCUUCGGAGCUGAUUGGGGCAACCACCAGUUCCCAAGGCUCACGCUGCGGUUCUGGUCUAUCAACUAGUUAUAACGCUCACCAUUCAUAUCAAUACGUAGAUCCGUCGCUCCUGGGACGCGGCUCGUCCCGCAGCAGCAGCAACGAACUCCGUAGCCCACCGACGCAACAGCCCCUUCCUCCCACCCAUCUCUAUCUACCACACCCGCCCCAUUCCGCCUCAUCCCUCACCAACGGGUCCAACCCAAGUGAGGUGUACUUCAACGACGACAUCUACAACAGCCCGGUGAAGAGUUGCGAUCCACCGGGAAUGGGCCAACCACCGCCACUGCCACCAACAGCACAGCAGCAUCACUUCAAACUGCCCAGUUCGUCGUCGGCUUCGUCGAUUUCCUGCUGCCCGUCGAACCAGUCUCGGGGAAGUCAACAGCAGCAGCAGCACCAGCGCUACCAGCAAUUCCACCAGCAACAGCAAGCCCAUCAUGACUUUCUGGAAUACCAGCAGCAGCAGCAACAGCACCAGCUUGGGCACGCACUACCAACGCCGCCCUCGGAACUGCACAUUCAGCAGCAGAAACGAUUAUGCGGUAGCUGUGACAUUCUUCCCGGCGGCGGUGGCCCACCUAUGAAGCUGAUUCCCUACUCAAAGGCAGGAGCAGCAGCAGCAGCACCCACGGGAAUGGGCUCCACCGAAUCUCAUCUCCACUCGCAUCGACCACCUUUGCUGCACAGCGUCAGUCUCAGCAAUGGUCCGCCACAGAGCGGCCACUCCACCGAACACGAGAACGCCACCUGCUUCAAUGGAGGGACUUGCUCCUCGGACGGUUCCGGCACCGGAAGCAGCGGAAGCGGCGGCUUCUCCCAGCGCUCCAAGUUCGCCCGCAAGGUGCAUGUAAAUAUCGAAAACGCCAUCAAUGGAAACUAUCACCAUCAUCAUCAUCACCAGCAGCAGCAGAAUAAUCACCACCACCAUAAUCAUCACAAUCAGCAUAAUCAUCAGAACGGACAGCAGCAGCAGCAGCAACAGGAGACGAUCAGCGAACACGAAGAGACUGAACACGACAAAAUGCUUAAUAGUUAUAGCUGUGACACCGACGGAGAGGUGACGACGCUUAGCAACGGUUGCGGCAUUGGGCGGGACGACUGCGAGGACGAUGGCGAUGACACGUGCUGCUCGUGCAGCGAGGAGGGAUCCUUCCUGUACGAGGAACCGAUUCAGGUCAAGUAGAGCUCCGUUGCCGGUGCCCGGGCGGCCAACGUUCCUAUAUGUAAUUAGUCUGUGUCUCUUUAUCGUCCUAUCUCGCGUUCAUUCAUUCAUUGGUUGGCAUCGAGCGUAUGAGCGCAACCUCUUCUUAGUUUUGCGAAUUGGUCGAAGGCAUGUUGAAAUCUACAUUCGAUCAAAUGCCCAGGCGAGCAAAUGUCAUAAAUUCCUUUUCCUAUAUCACUUAGAGUUUAGAAAAUUGAAUAACGCUGCCGGAGCGCGGUAAUUAUGAUAAGAACUUUCCGUUGCGGUUGUUUUUGCGAGGAAUCAAAUUAAAAAUGUUCCGUCAUUAGGCCUUUCGUCUGCAAAACAAAAUUGAUUUCGAUCGGAUGGUAAAGUAAUUGCAAAUUUUGGUCAUGUACGAAGUGUAAAUCGGGAAGCUCUCCUCGCCGUAUCCGUUGCCAUUAUUAACAUAGGCGAGGAUAUCGACGUGGAAGGAUUGAAUUUUCGCUAAGGUGUAACAAGAAAAAAAAAUGAAUCCUGUGCAUUCGGAAACGGUAGCGAAACAACGCGGGUAGCCAAUUGGAUAUGGAAUUAGGCAUUCAGGUCUGCUCGGUGAGCAACUAUUAAAUUGGGAUACGGAGGUGAAUACUGAUGAGGGGCCAUGAGUGGCAUGCACUUCGUUGAUGUGGACCUACACGGGAGAUGAGAAAUGCGGUUGGUAAUGUCGCAUAGGGCUCGAAGCCGCGUUGGAAAACUGUUUUAUCAUCGUUGUUCUGAAAUAAAACAUUUUAAAAGUUUUCUCAAAAAUAAACGUGUCAAAAUGCUUGCCUGCAACUGUAAAAACAUUUCCGUAAAAAUUAUGUCGAAUUAUCGGAAAAGAUUUUAUAGGGUCUUUUGAGAAGCUUUCUUUUCAAUACCCGGAAGAAAAUUGUACAUAAAACGAGAAGAUUUUUGUUUUGUAAAAUACCUGAAAAUAGAAUAUCAGAACGAGAUACUUUCGAAUUUCGGAACGAGAAUCAUUCAAAUCGCGGGAGGAUUUUUUCGAACCAGAAUCUUCCGAAUAUAGAAGGAGAUUCCUUCGAAUCUCAGAAGGAGAUUCUUUUGAAUCUCAGGAGGAUAUUCCUUCAAAUCUUUGAAGGAGAAACCUCGAAUCACCAAAAGAAAUUCCUUCGAUGCUCUGAAAAUAAUUCAUAAUCUCUCACGCAGAUUCUUUCGAAUUUCUGGUGGAAAUUCCUUCGAAUCUGUUAAGGAUAGCUUUCGGAAUUUGUGGAGGAGAUUUCUGUGAAUUUGUGAAGCUCUGGAAUAGAUUUCUCUGAAGGAGAUUCCUCCGAAUCACUUAAAGAAAUUCAUCCAAAUUUCCGGAGUACAAUAUUUUCAAAUCUCAGUAGGAGAUCCGCCCAAACCUCUUUCGAUCCUUUGGAGAAGGUUCUCCCGAACCUUUGCCGGAGAUUUUUCCGAAGUUUGGGAGGAGAUUCCAAAUCUGUGGAGGGGAUUUCUCCGAAUCUCUGUAAAAGAUUAAUAUCUCGAGAAGAUUGUUUCGAAUCAGAAUCCUCCGAAUCAUUAAAUGAGAUUCAUACGAAACUGUGGAGAAGAAUAUUUCCGAAUCUCUGAAAAUAUUAUCUUCAGAAUUUCUGAAGCAGAUUCUUCUGAACCAUCGGAGGAGUUUUUUUCCGAAUCUUUAGAGGAGAUUCUUCCGAAUUUCUGCAGGAGAUUCCUCCGAACCUAUGCUAUUCCGAAUCUGUGAAGGAUUUUUUCCGAAUCCCUAAAAUAGAUUCUUCCGAAUUUCGGAAGAAAGUUCUUUGGAAUCCGAACCUCUUUCAUCCAAGCCUAUGGAGUGAUUUUUCCAAACCCCAGUAGAAGACUCUUCCGAAUCUCUAGAUGAGAAUCUUAAAAUUUUUGGUUAGAGAAUAUUCCGAAUCUCGGGACGAGAAUCUUCCGAAUCUCGGGAAGAGAUUCUUCCGAAUCUCGGAAGGACAUUCUAUCGAACCUCUAGAGAAAAUUCUUCCAAACUUCUGGAGAGAUUUAUCCGAUCCUCCGGAAGAUAUUCUUCCGAACCUCAGGAGCAGAUGUUUCCGAAUCUCUGGAAGGGAUUCUUCCGAAUCUCUGGAAGGGAUUCUUCCGAAUCUCUGGAAGGGAUUCUUCCGAAUCUCUGGAAGGGAUUCUUCCGAAUCUCUGGAAGGGAUUCUUCCGAAUCUCUGGAAGGGAUUCUUCCGAAUCUCUGGAAGGGAUUCUUCCGAAUCUCUGGAAGGGAUUCUUCCGAAUCUCUGGAAGGGAUUCUUCCGAAUCUCUGGAAGGGAUUUUUCCGAAACUCUGGAAGGGAUUCUUCCGAAUCUCUGGAAGCGAUUCUUUUCAUUAUCUGGAAGCGAGUCUUCUGAAUCUACAGAAGGAAUUUUUCCGAAUCUCUGGAGGAGAUUCUUCCGAAUCUCUGGAGGAGAUUCUUCCGAAUCUCUGGAGGAGAUUCUUCCGAAUCUCUGGAGGAGAUUCUUCCGAAUCUCUGGAGGAGAUUCUUCCGAAUCUCUGGAAGGGAUUCUUCCGAAUCUCUGGAAGGGAUUCUUCCGAAUCUCUGGAAGGGAUUCUUCCGAAUCUCUGGAAGGGAUUCUUCCGAAUCUCUGGAAGGGAUUCUUCCGAAUCUCUGGAAGGGAUUCUUCCGAAUCUCUGGAAGGGAUUCUUCCGAAUCUCUGGAAGGGAUUCUUCCGAAUCUCUGGAAGGGAUUUUUCCGAAACUCUGGAAGGAAUUCUUCCGAAACUCUGGAAGAGAUUCUUUUCAUUAUCUGGAAGCGAGUCUUCUGAAUCUACAGAAGGAUUUUUUCCGAAUCUCUGGAAGAGAUUCUUCCGAGCCUCUGAAAAAGAUUCUUCCGAAUCUCUGAAAGAGAUUUUUCCGAAACUCUGGAAGAAAUUCUUUCGAAUCUCGGUAAUAGAUUCUUCCGAAUCGCGGUAAUAGAUUGUUCCGAAUCUCGGAAAGAGAUUCUUCCAUUUCUCUGGAGGAGAUUCUUCCGAAUCUCUGGAGGAGAUUCUUCCGAACCUCUGGAGGAGAUUCUUCUGAAUCUCUGGAGAAGAUUCUUCUGAAUCUCUGGAGGAGAUUCUUCCUAAUUUCUGGAAGGAAAUCUUCCGAAUCUCUGGAAGUGAUUCUUCCGAAUAUCGGGAAAAGAUUCUUCCGUAUCUCUGAAAAGGAUUUUUCCGAAACUCUAGAAGAGAUUCUUUCGAAUCUCUGGAAGAGAUUUUGGCGAACCUCUGGAGCAAAUUCUUCUGAACCUCUGUAGGGUUUUUUUUCUGGACUUCUGAAGGAGAUUCUUCCGAAUCUUGGAAGGACACUCUCCGAACCUCUGCAGAUCAUUUCCUGGAAUCUGUGGAGGAAAAUUUUGCCAAAUCUUUGAAGGAGCUUUUUCCGACUUUCGAAAGAAGGUUCUUUCAAGUUUCGGAAAAGAUUCUUCCAAAUCUCUGGGGGAAAAUCUUCCGAAACUUGGGAGGAGAUUCUUCUCAAUCUCGGGGAAGGUUCUUCCGAACAUUGGGAGGAGAUUCUUCCGAAUCUUUGGAAAAGAUUCUUUUGAAUCUCUGGAAGAGAUUCUUCCGAAUUUCGGGAUGAGAUUCUUCCGAAUCUCGGGAAGAUAUUUUUCUAAAUCUCGGGAAGAGAUUUUUCCGAAAUUCGGGAAGAGAUUUUUCCGAAUCUCGGGAAGAGAUUUCUCCGAAACUCGGAAAUAGAUUCUUCCGAAUCUCGGAAUGAGAUUCUUCCGAAUGUCUGAAAGCGAUUCUUCCGGAACUCUGGAAGAGAUUCUUCCGAAUCUCUAGAAGAGAUUCUUUUGAAUAUCUGGAAGAAAUUUUUCUGAAUCUCUGGAAGAGAUUUUUCCAAAUCUCUGAAAGAGAUUCUUCCGAUUCUCUAGAAGAGAUUCAUCCGAAUCUCUGGAAGAGAUUCUUUCGAAUCUCGGUGAGAGAUUCUUCCGAAUCUCUGGAAGAUAUUUUUCCGAAUCUCUGGACGAGAUUCUUCCGAAUCUCUGGACGAGAUUCUUCCGAAUCUCUGAAAGAGAUUCUGGCGAACCUGUGGAGAAGAUUCUUCUGAACCUCUGGAGAAGAUUCUUCGGAACCUCUGGAGGGUUUUUUUCUGGACCCCUGAAGGAGAUUCUUCCGAAUCUUGGAAGGGCACUCUUCUGAAACUCGAGAGGAGAUUUUUCCGAAUCUCGGAAAGAAAAUUCUUCAGAAUCUCGGAGGAAAAUUCUUCAAAUAUGAGUGGGAGAUUCUUCCAUAUUUCGGAAGGAGAUUCUAUCAAACCUCUGGAGAGAUUCUUUCGAAUCUGUGGAUGGGAUUCGUCCGAAUCUGCGGAGAUGAUUAAUUAUUUGAAGGUUUUAUUUUUAAUCACUUGACGACCAAAUUUAUUGCAGAUGCUGCAAUUGCAUCCCUCCAGAAAAUAAUUACCGACGCUGACCUCUACCCCAAUCGUAGGUGGAUUCCAACCACUUUGUCGAAAUACUCGUCGACACGGGCCUGUGCAGCGCCAUGCCAUCCCGGUGUGGCACGUAUCAGACUCACAUUCGACAAACACGCUUUGCAUACCAAAUUGCGGCGACCGCCGCCAUGUCUACUCCACACGGAAACUACUCACUCCCUUGAGGGUCUCAUCAUCUCCCUCCACACAUUGCGAGGGGAGGGGGAAACGACACGACGAGGACGACAAAGUCAACACAGCUCUUCCUUGCGUUGUUGGUUCUCAUCCCGCUCCGUUCGCCGCGAAGGGUAGGUACGUGGAUGUCUCGAUUCAGUUGUUCAAAUUACACCAAAAUUGACACGUGGAACUCCACCGGGGGGCUCGGAAUCAGAACCCGAAUAUGCGGAAAGGGGAGUUAAUCCCCGUAAGCUUUUUCGGCGCUGAAGGGUUUCUUUGUCUCUAUUUAAUUUCGACAGGCAAGGAACGUGUGAAAUACGAAGAAACUCGACGACAAACUUUUGGCUAACUUACAAAGAUGCUUAGCGCAAGGAGUCAAACUUUUGUCAAGCAGGUUCUACACCGGGUCAUACUUUGUGUCUGUCGAUGCGGUGGAUUUUGAGCACGCUAUGUUAAUUGGUUCUAGGAUUCGGAAUGAGAAAAGUUUUCAACGCUUCGUAGCUUAGCAUAUUUUUCGGAAGUCGAAAAAUCCAAUCCAGGUUAACAAAUCAAACAUAAUUGGAUUCACAGCAUUUAUUAGAUAAUUCUUGACGAAUAGAUAACCGAUCGAGAAAUGAUUUUGCAUUCGAAUUAAAAUCAUGCGCAUUAUAUCAUUAACAAAAAUACUCCGGACUUAAUUCAAUAGAUUCCAACACUAUUCAGCGGUGAAUUGUGAACUACGGAAUACAUAAAAAACGAGCGGAUACGAAAUCAUGUAUAUUGUAUUGUACCUGUGAUAUUGUUUAAUGUGAUAAGUCGAUAUAUCUUCAAUUGCGUGUAAUGGUUUGCGUUUGUCCGCGUGACUUUUAAGUCUUUUCUUUUCCAACGCACCGAUGCAUACUCUCCUAGGUUGUAACUAACUAACGAAAUGUUAUCGGAUUCAUUAUACUGAAUUUUAACAGAGAAUAUUAUAGAUUAAGUUUAAAUGAAAAGCGCUCUGUAGAAUUAAUCACGCUCAUCGGCCACCGAAUUGACUAGAAGGUGAGCGUUAUGUAAAUAGCAAAUGAACUGCUGUAGAUAGUUUAUUCAAGGGUGAAAAGCGUAGAACCUUUCGCAGUCAUUAAGCGCAACAAAAUAUAAUGAAGCUUUCCUAAAAAAAAUUCCCUACAAUCACCCUCCAAGUUCCAACUGCCAUAACACGAGGGAUUUUGAAACCACUUUACAAACUGCAAACUCGUUAAUCAGUCCUCAGAAUUACAUUGAAAUAGUCACUAGAGUAGCUUCAUGGAAAAAGAAAAUCAACAUAAUAUAAAUCAUCGUCAUCGCAAGGUAGAAUUUAGUUGUAGAUUUCAUCAAUCAUAACGACACAAGCAUCAUCACAAUCAAAACUAAACAAAAACUUUACACACAUAUAACAAACUACAAUGCAUUUAUCAAGCGAACAUAGCCAUUAAAAUGGAGAAAAACAAUAUCAUUAUCGUAACAUUGCGCAAUACUAGUUUUAGAGGUAUUUAUUAACAAAAAACGCAGCUGCACAUGACGUAAUCAACGCAAGUUGUACUAAUAAUUGAACGAAAAAGAUAAAUCAAAGCAGGAGAUGGUCAUUUUAAGAGAAGCAAAAAAAUGAAUAAUUCCCGAUAAAGGACAAUGCGUUUUUUUAUUUGUAGAACAUUAAACUUCCAUGCACUCUAACGAGUUGCGUGGAAUGUCACCAUCGUAUCGAAACGUGUAAAUAAAGCUAAAUUAUUACGAAAACAUGAA